CUGCAUAAUCCAGGUAAUUCAAAUUUUGAUCUACCAGCAAGUUGCCCAAUUUCAAGAAAUUUAGUGCGAAAAAUUGAAAGCGACAACAGUUGAAUUAUAGCACUUUUCGCGCGCAAAUAAAACUGUCAAAGCAAAGAACUACCAAACGUCACAUUACGACUAAAGUUGAUUAUUCGUUGGACGAUCGAGGCCCCGGGUUAGGAAAUUUAAUCUUUACAAAUUCCGUAAGUCUAAUCAUGGGGGAAAGUGGAAAAGAUCGGCACAGGCGUAGAAGUAGUGUUAUUUCAAACUCCUCCGGGUUCUAUGCCGAAUAUGAUGACAAGAAGAAUGAUUCCGAAAUGGAUAGAAUUGCCAAAGAAACCGAUCAAAGUUGCGGCCUUACUAUUACGCCUGGAAGUCGAAAAUCUUCACGAAAAGUUACUCCAAAUAAAAAGUAUGACGAAUUUUUUGAACUGGGCUGUCCGAAAUCCAAAGUAAAUGCUCAUCAAGUCAAUCAGAAAACGCCAUGCCGUGCUAGUCAAAUGUAUGAACCAGCAAGUGAUGAAGAUCGGUGCCAUUCCGAAAAUUUAUUUGAAGAUUCCACCGAUGUGGACGGAAAACAGAUUUAUAUGUUCACUACCCCAAAAAAACGAAGUAGUAUGACAUUAAAAGCGUUGCGGACGCCAAGGACACCAACAACACUUGAAGGAAAAGACCUUAGAAAGCACAAUUUUGUUGGGAAGGAAACACCUAAGCAUUUGAGAUCUACAGUAAAGGCAGAACUAUAUAAGCGUUUGGUUGAAUCUUCCCUGUCUGACUUUUCCGUUGAUGAAAGCGACUUCGAACCAGAAGACUUAUCGGAAAGCAGUUCAACCAAUGAUGAUGUAGAAAUGUCAGAUAGUGAGGAUAAUAGUACUAUACCAGCCAAAAAGGUCGAAAAUAAUCUGCUAAAAACACCGUUAACGAGACGUCCAUUGAAAGUGGACAGGCAGAUUGAAUACAUCCCGCAGAGUUCAGCGUAUUUCACUACGCACAUUAAUAAGAAACUAACGACAUCCGAUCACACUUUGAAUCGUUUAAAAAACGCCCGCCUUGUGCAACCACAAAUAUUUUCUCUGUUGUCCUCUAUGAAGUUAUCGAUGCAGCAUGAACGUGCGUUGACUAAUCUUUUUCAACAAUACAAACUAUGCUUCAAUAAGUGGAUGCUCAUCAUGAACGAAGGUUAUAACAUUCUGCUUUAUGGCUUGGGAUCGAAGCGAAAGUUACUACAGGCGUUCCACAAUGAAAUCCUUGGAAAAGAAUCAGUGAUCAUUGUAAACGGAUUUUUUCCGAGCCUCUCAAUGAAAGAUAUUCUUGAAGCGAUACUCCGUGACAUCUUAGCGCUCACUCCUACGGCCAGUAGUAAUAUACAUGAUUCUGUAGACGUAAUAUACAACGAAUUUGCUAGAACUCCGGAAAAGCAUCUAUUUUUAAUCGUGCAUAAUAUCGACGGCCCAAUAUUGAGAAGUUAUAAAGCACAGGAAGUACUCAGUCGAAUAUCAGCCAUACCGAAUGUUCAUCUGAUUGCGUCAAUGGAUCAUAUCAACACUCCCCUGGUGUGGGAUCAUAUGAAUUUAAGCAACUUUAAUUUCUCUUGUUGGGACGCGACAACACUGUUACCUUACAGUGAUGAAACAUCGUACGAAAAUUGUCUGUUAGUACAAAAUUCAGGAGACUUGGCAUUAUCGUCAAUGAACAAUGUUUUCCAGUCCCUCACAAGCAACGCUCGUAAGAUUUUCUUGCUAAUCGCUAAAGAACAACUGAAAGUUGAUGACACGAACUAUCCCGGAUUACCAUUCAAAGAUUUAUACUGGCUCGCUCGAGAAUCGUUUUUAGUAAGUUCCGACUUAGCUUUACGGGCACAGUUGACUGAAUUUCUAGAUCACAAGCUAAUUAAAUCUAAACGAACAGCAGACGGAACAGAGCAUUUACGAAUCCCUAUAGCAUGUAAUCUUUUACAGCAAUUUUUGGACAACCAAGGAUGCUGAGAAUAAAAUAUUUACAUUGUUA